GUCAUGGGUCUAUGAUAACUACUGAAUGCACGUCGCCAUUUAAUUUUCGUACAAGUUGAUCAAUUUGCUGGCAAGAUCCAUCAAAUUUUCACGGGAUUCUAUUAUCUCUAUUAUCUCUGUUAUCGCGACUCCGAAAAUGAGCAGGAAAAUGAAUCAGUUGAUCACUAGCGGCUUCAGGAAAUGGUGCUACGAUCUCAGUGGAUAUAAUAAAUUAGGAUUAUGGCAUGAUGACUUACUUCAUGAAAAUGAUGAUGUAGUAGAAGCAUUGAGACGUCUUCCUCAAGAAAUCAAGGAUCAACGUGCUUUUCGUAUAAUAAGAGCCAUGCAGUUGGAUGCCUGUAAAAGAAUUCUGCCCCAGGAACAAUGGACUAAGAUGGAAGAAGAUAUCAGGUAUCUUCGGCCAUAUGUUGAUGAAGUUAUAAAAGAGCGUAAAGAGAGGGAAAACUGGGAGGCAUCGUAAAGUGUAGUUUAACAUAAUGGUUAUUAUAGUAAUAUAAUAAAAUCUAUUCGUUCUUUAAUGCACACUUCUCUAGAAGAACUAAUUUGCAUAUACAUAAGAUGAAUGGAUAUUAAAUAAAUAUAUACAUCCGCUUUCUUGAACAGUUAUAAAUAUACAGCAAACAAGUUUUGGCUCUUUUUAA